AUGGGGAAAGUUUCUAAAAGAUUUGGGUUUUUGGGUGUGAUCCUAGUGUUGCUCAUUAUUGGAGUUGCGGAAUGUAGGAGACUCGAGAAGGACUGGGAGGCGGUGGUUUUGGAGGAGGUGGAGGUGCUGGUGGAGGAUUUUGGUGGUGGUGCUGGUGGAGGUGGAGGAUUUGGUGGUGGUGCUGGUGGAGGUGGUGGUCUAGGUAGUGGUGGAGGUCACGGGGGUGGUGCUGGAGGAGGAUUUGGCGGUGGUACUGGUGCUGGUGGAGGCCGUGGUGGUGGUGCUGGAGGAGGAUUCGGCGGUGGUGCUGGAGGAGGUCAAGGGGGUGGUGCCGGAGGAGGAUUUGGCGGAAUGAAUACUCAAUGCGAUUCGGAAUGA